GCAAACACUGUCCUCUCCAGGGCUGCAACUCAGCUUGAACCAGUUUUUGGCUGCAGGGAGCAGGUUGGUGGUGGUGUUUGAGAUGCCCAGGGUACCCCGGCUGAUGCUUCCGUGCAGAAGUGAGUGCCUGCAGAGCACAUGGGAGAAAGCCUACCAGGAUCACAGGAAAAAGGUCCGGGAUGCCCAGCCACUCGUGGAUACCCGUGCCCCAUGGUCUCUCAGCCACUUUCACUUGAACCUCAAGAAGCUCAAGCUGGAGGAGGAGCGGCUCUCUGUCAUAGACAGGAACAACCGCCUGCUGCUGCAGAAGCUGUCCUGCAUCAUGAGGACCAGGGGACAAACUGACAGCAGAAACAACUACACAUGCAGGAGUCUAAACAGGGGGAAAGGAGAACAGGAACUUCUCAGAGUUCAAAGGAAAAGCAAUGUGCCACAAAGAGAAAACAAGAGAAUUCUGGGAAGGAUCACAAACUCAGAGCCAUUUUAUCAAGCUCGAUGGUGGCAGGAAGGCUGGGCAAGGACUGAGAAGUGCCAGCGUGCCCUUGCACAGUAUCCUUGGAGUUGGCAGACAAGCCAGGGGAAAAGGAGAAGCUCUCAGAAACUCAGUUCUUCUCGCCGACACAGUAAAGAAUUACAGAUCAGCAAGUCUAUCAGCAUGCAAGCAGGGUUUGCAGGUGAUAUGUUCUCAUGGAAGAGAAUGAGCCUUGCUGAGGUGGGGAAGAAAGGCAAGAGCAAGGGUGGCAAGGGCAGCUGUGGCAAGAGCAAGAGAAAGCAAGGUCCUUUGUUCUGAGUACUUAUGUAGUCGGCAGGAUGCGGGGGUGGGGGGUUGGGGGGUAGAAAUUACACAUUGAUUGACGGGUAAAGGUGGUGCCAGCUUUGCAGAGAGGCAUGAAUACCCAAAAGGUGUUAAUGGGCUUCUUCCUUUGGGCACUGUGGGCCCUUUCUGGCCUUUCCAGCCUUGGGAUGAAAGCACAGUUUCAAAUGUUUUCUCUCCCAGCUAGUGGAGGCAAUACAGAGAAUUUCAAGGACUGCCAUCCUCCCAUGUUAGCAUGGGGUUUUUCUGUGACGUUGGAACACCUGACAAUAUCCUGGGACCAGGCUCAGGAUGGCUGAGUCAGUGGGUCAGACAUGUCUCCCUCCUCGCUGCCUGGGUUUGCUGUCUAUCUACCUAACAAUAUAAUAUUUCUGUAAUUUAUAUUCUAAGAAGUAAAACUGUUAAAUUAAAAGGUAAGCACAUUUAAUUUUCUGAUACUGCAAAACUGCUCUCUCAAAAGGUCUAGCAAUCUGCCCCUCCACUUGCAGGGACAACAAAUUGUCUGCAUCCUCACGCUGUUGCCAACACCAGGUGUUACACACAUUUUAGGGUCUUGUCCCAUCUGAUUUCCUCUUCUGUGGAUUGAUCGUCUGUUCACACCCUUGGAUCACUCUCCUGCUGGAUGUGUCUUAGUUAUCAGUAUGUAGUAACUGUUUGCCACUAAUGGCUUUUUCUAUUACCAAUGUCAAAAAUGUUUUCCCCACAUUUUUACUUAUGAUUUCACCUAUAUUAAGUAGUCAAAUCUGUCACUAUUUUUGUUUAUGGCAUCUGUUUUUUGUGCCAUACACAGAAAGGGCUCUUUCAAACUAAGAGUGGAAAACACCCUCUUAAUGCUUUUACAGUUUUCUUAGAUUAACUGUAAAUCUUUAAUUAAUACCGAAUUAAAUAAAUAGAAUUUUUAUACAUCAUGUCAGAGAUCAAAGU